GUUCAUUACACCUCAACAAUCACUACAAUCUUCGAAUUACUCAAAAAUGAAGUUCACUCUUAUUACCGCCACCUUGUUUGCCGCCUUUGCUGUGGCAGCGCCAUCCCCAAACAACGACCUUGUGGCCAGACAAUGCUCGUGUACCAAGGUCGGCGACGAGUGGAUCUGCAGGGGCCGAUUGUGCGCCAAGGACGUUGUCCCCGAGGCCACAGUUGUGAAGAGGGAUAAGAUUGAGGCGAGGCAGUGCUCCUGCACCAAGAUUGGGGAUGAAUGGAUCUGCAGAGGCCGACUUUGCAAUUAAGACGCUUGUACGCAGUUUGCGGGACAAGUUGAAGGCUUCUAAACAGCGCGAUGCCUUCGAAGAUCGACGCGAUGGG